AACAGCUACCAAAACCAAACCAUGAUCGAAAGCUCCGAGAUCGCCCUCACUUCGUGGACCUCUCGUCUCCGAUCGUUGACCUCCGCCGGCGAUCACCGGAGCGCUCUCCUCCUCUACAUCCACGCCCUCCGCUCUCCAUCACCUCCUCCUGAUGCCACUGCCGUUCCCUCAAUCCUCCUCUCCUGCGCCGCCCUUGCUCUCCCUUGCGCCGCUGCCCAGCUCCAUUCCCGUUGUCGUUCCUCCGGUUGCCUCUAUGACGCCCGCGUCCUCACCGCACUCAUCACCUCCUAUUCCCGCCUCUCCUUGCUCCCCCUUUCCGGCCAACUCUUCGCCGAGCUCUCCUCCUCCACGCUCCUACCCAUCCCCUCCCUCAUCGCCCUCCACAAUUCCAUCAUCUCCGCCUACGCCUCCCACUCCCUCAAUCCCCUCCCCCUCUUCCUCUCCAUGCGCCGCGCUUCUAUCCCCUUCAACCCAGUCACCAUCCUCGCCCUCCUUCCUUCCAUUCCGCUCUCUGCCCCCCAAAUCCACGCCCUCAAUCUAAAGUUCGGAACUUUCUCACCCUCUGUCUCCAAUUGCUUCCUGUCCGUGUACUCCAAAGUUGGUGACGUAGAUCUCGCUCGGCAGGUUUUCGACGAAAUGCCUCAUUCAAGGGAGGUGAUCUCAUGGAACGCUAUGAUCUCAGGUUACGCCCAGAAUGGACAUUGCGGCCGGGUUCUCGACUUGUACCGUGAGAUGGAGCGGAGUGCGGGAGUGAAGCCUGAUCCUGUGACGCUGGUUGGCGUGCUCUCAGCAUGUGCCAAUCUGGGGGCGCGGACCGUUGGCCGGGACAUUGACAGGUAUAUAUGCGAGAAUUCAAUGUUCAGUAAAAAUAUGUUUUUGAAGAAUGCGCUCAUAAGUAUGUAUUCUCGGUGUGGGGAUUUGGAGCGCGCUCGAGAGGUGUUUGAUGGAAUGCUUGAGAGGAGUGUUGUUACUUGGACUGCGAUAAUUGCUGGGUAUGGGAUGCAUGGGCAUGGGGAAGUUGCAGUGCAUAUGUUUGACAGAAUGCUGUGUGAUGGUAUUCGGCCUGAUGGAGUGCUUAUGGUUAGUGUACUGUCUGCGUGUAGCCAUGCUGGGUUGACGGAGAAGGGAUUGGAGUAUUUCUUUGGUAUGGAGAAGGUGUAUGGAGUUGUACCAAGACUGGAGCAUUAUGCAUGUGUGGUAGAUCUUCUAGGACGAGCUGGGCGGCUCAGGGAUGCAUGGGAACUUAUCAGGACAAUGCCAGUGGAGCCUGAUGGUGCAGUGUGGGGUGCAUUAUUGGGUGCUUGCAAGAUUCAUAAGAACGCUGAACUUGGGGAAUUGGCUUUUGAUCGUCUGAUUGUGCUUGAACCGAGCAAUGUGGGUUACUAUGUGUUGCUAUCGAAUAUAUACUCUGAUGCAGGAAGGUUGGAUGGUGUGAAGAGAAUGAGGAGAUUGAUGAAGGAGAGAGGGCUCAGGAAAGAUCCUGGGUGUAGCUAUGUUGAACACAAGGACAAAGUUCAUUUGUUCUUUGCUGAUGAUCGCUCACACCCUCAGACAAGGAGUAUUUAUGUGAUGAUUGAUGAGUUGCAAGGCUUGAUGGAUGAGAAGAGAAAUAGCGAGAGGGGGGAGGUGGUGAUUGAAUCUUUAACUGGAUAUCAUAGUGAGAAGUUGGCCAUUGCUUUCGGGUUACUGAACACUGAAAUUGGUGCAGAGAUUGUUGUGUUCAAGAACUUGAGAGUGUGUGAAGAUUGUCAUGUGUUUAUAAAGUCAGUGUCAAGGGUGACGAAUCGAAGAGUGGUUGUUAGGGAUGCCACUCGCUUCCAUCAUUUUGGGGGAGGCUUGUGUUCUUGCAAUGACUAUUGGUGAAAGUUGCAUCCACAAGAGGAAUGCCAUCUCUUUUCCUGUAUAUCAAACAAAGGAUCCCGACAAAUUGAGAAAUGAUCCAAUUGGAGCAAUGGAGAAAAAAUUGCAUAACUGGAUGGUAGAACUACUGGUGACACAUGCUUCCACAAGAUGAAUGCGCCAGCCAUCUCUUUUCCUAUAUAUAUCAUACAAAGGAAAAGUAUCAUGAUUUGCUUCCUGAUAAUUUGAAAACUGAUGCAAUUGGAGCAAUGGAGAAAGACUUGUAGAAUUGUAUGAUAGGACUACUGGUAAAACUUGCCUCCACAAGAGGAAUGUGCCGUAUCUUUCCUGAGAUAUCAUACAAAGGAUCAAGUCUCGCGAUUUACUUCGUGAUAAAUUGAAAACUGAUACAAUUGAAGCAAUGGAGAAAGAAUUGCAGAGCCAUAUGACAGAGCUACCGCUGCUGAUUGUUGAAUUAGAAAUGCAUUAGCUAUUGUUAUCAGUAUAUAAAAUGCAGAAUUUGGAGCAGAGAUAGUUAUUUUCAAUAUUGAGACCUGUAUGAAGAUAUGUGUUUGUAAAGCAUGGUAUCAAGGGUUACGAAUUGGGGAGUGGUUGUUGGGGACACUGCUUGUUUUCAUCACUCCGAGGGAGGACUGUGUUCUUGCAAUGACUAUUAGUGAACCUUGCCUCGACAACAAGGAUGCCAUCUCUUUUCCUGUAUACCAUACAAAAGGAUCAUGGUUUACUUCUAGACAAGUUUGAGACUAUGAUGCAAUCAGAGCAAUGGAGAAAGAAUUGUAAUACUAUAUGAUAGAGCUAAUGGUGACGAUCGCUGAAUUUGUAGGUUAUCAGGAACUUAAGAAUUUUCUGAAGAUUGUCAUGUGUUUAUAAAGCCGGUAUCAAGGGUGAUAAAUGGAAGAGUGACAAUAUCUCUCCUCUGGUUUAGUUUCUGAUAAGUUGAGAAACUGGGCAUGCAAGAAUUAUAAAACUGCAGCUAAGUAAGUUCCGGACUUACUAGUUAAACUCUAAGCAUGCAAUUGCUUUUAGGAUUUCUUGGUCUUUGAUCAUCUGGACAAAAUCUUGCUAAUUUGCAUCUAGUGCUUGGAAUUUGCUUGGAAUUCUUAAUCCUAACACUUGAUUGUUUGGAGGAAAAUGCAGUAUGAUCUAAAAUAGAUGGUAUGUACAUAAAUGUUAGCUUUUUUUCUAAAAAAACUGUACAAAAGCUUGGAAUGAAUGGCAAAGUUCUUAUGCUUGUAACUGUUUCAUUUGUAGUAAAUUUUUUUAGGUUCAUUAGGGGUUGAAGAAAAUUGGAGUUUUAAUUAUUAUUGUUA